GAUAAAUAAAUAAAUGAAACUAACAUUAUUAAUACUACACAUUAUUGUUAGCUUUUCAUUACUUGUAAAGUCUAUUUAUGAUUCUACAUCUAUUACAUUACCUAUUGUCAAAAAUAAACGUUCAGCUCAGACUCAUGACAAUAAGAGAUCGAAUACAAAAUUAUAUAAUAAAGAUGGAUCCGAAUAUUUAAUAAGUGUGGGCAUUGGUACACCUUCUCAACAUUUUACUGUUUCAUUAGAUACUGGAAGCUCUGAUUUAUGGGUCCCAUCUACAUCAUGUCCAGUCUCUGAAUGUCCUUUUGAUAGAUUUGAUAUAUCAAAAUCAAGUACAUUUCAAUUUAUUUAUCAAGAGGAUGAGCUUUCAAUUCAAUAUGGUAUUGGAGACAUGAAAGGGAUUUAUGGUUGUGAUACUGUUUGUUUAUCGAAUGAUUCGUUGUAUUGCAUUCCACAACAAGUCUUUGGUCUGGCGUCAUCUACACAUGAUCUUAUUGAUUUGACAAGGCAUCCUUUAAAUCUACCCAAUUCAAAUGGUAUCUUUGGUAUCGGCAAUUAUCAUGAAGGAAUUAAAUAUGUUCCAUUCAUGAUUAGACUAGUUCAAGAGGGACUCAUUAAACAAGCUCUAUUCUCGAUCAGUAUGAGUGCUUAUCAUCAUGUUGGAUGGACAGGUGAAUUAACCUUAGGAGGCAUUGACCCUACUAAAUAUGAGGGUGAUCUUGAUUAUACGACUGUCCUUUCCAACUCGUCCCAUUAUUGGAUGGUAGGAGUUCAACGGAUUCAAAUUUUAUAUCACCAUAACGACGACAACGACAACGACAACGACAACGACGAUGACAACGACGUCAUUUUUGAUUAUGCAUUCAAUCCUGUACAAGGAAUGAUUAUUGAUACAGGUACUACAUUAAGUUAUAUGGACCAAAGAAUUCUAGAACGUAUUCUGUCGAAAACGAUAGAAGGAGAACAACAACACAUCUUUUUUGAUCAAAUGUUAGGCAUGUAUAUCAUAGAUUGUCAAGUAUUCACGCAUGAUAACCAGCAACGAAAGAUGGAGUUUGUAUUAAAAGAUGAUUGUCGAUUCAGUUUACCACUAAGAGAUUUAGUCAUAGAACAACAGGAUGGUGUAUGUCUAUUUGGUAUAGCACCUUGGAUAGCGAAUGAUAAUAAUGUGAGCUCUAAAAUGAAAGAAGAAGGAUGGAUUUUAAUUGGAGAAUCUAUUUUGAGAUCUACUUAUUUAGUCUUUGAUAUGGAGAAUCAACGAGUUGGAUUUGCACCAUCCAUUCUUCAUCAACCUCAUCCUUCUUCCUCCUCUCGACAAGUGGUCUGUUAUUAUUCAAUGAAGGUCAUUUAUUCUAUUAUUCUAUUAUUUAUUCAUAUUAUAUAAGGAGGAAGUCUAUUAUUAUAAAAUAAGGUCCGUGCGAUCUACUCCAAAUAAAAAUAAGAAUAAAAAAAAAA